AGAUUGGGAAAUGGUCAAGUGGGAUUUUGAAAGUUAUCUAGUUAUGUGAACAGUAGAGUAGACAUAGAUCAAUCAUCUAAUGAGUUAACCACAUGUGACGAGAUUUUAUAUACAUAGAUGUUACUCAACAUAUGGUUUUUUUCUUGUCAGAUGUCAAUCUCUGAUUAAUCUAAAGCUAUAUCAAGUGUGCAAUUUCGUUACAAAUUAAACUCAUCAUCCCAUCAAAGGCCACAGUUCCCCUGUAUGUUUAACAUUUCUCAAAUACUCCAUAUAUUUAUGUUAUCGUGUUAACUUCUAAAUGAUAGACUUUGAAUCUCUUUGUUACAAACGGUUGUAUUAAAUGAUGUACUUCUAAAUGAUUAAGAUAGAUGCAUGUCUACUCUCCCCAAAAUGGACACAUACAGUUGCUUGGAUAGAGCAGGUUUAUCAACCAAGAGUAUGAAAUAGGCUUAGCUUUGACGAAUAGUGAUUUGAUCCGGUAGUUAUACGACUCAUUUUGAACUUGGAGGUUCCAGCGAACUAACCACUUGGUCCCAAUAACUCGAGUUGUUGGAGAGGUUCAAUCGUGGAUCAUAUACCACAACACUAACACGCCCCCUCAAACGAAAACCACUCACAAGGGCUUGAAGUUUGCACACGUAUGAAGACAAGAAUACCAUGUGCUUAACAAAUGGGGGUCAACGAGAAUCGAACACAAGACCUUUCGGUCACAGAAGGCUCUGAUACCAUGUCAAGAACCAGUUGAUCCCAAUAACUCGAGUUGUUGGGAGAAGUUCAAUCGUGGAUCAUAUACCACAACACUAACAAGACGAUUGAACCUCUCCCAACAACUCGAGUUAUUGGGACAAAGUGGUUAGUUCGCUAAUAUGGUAUCAGAGCCUAGAACCGAAAGGUCAUGUGUUUGAAUCUCCACGACCCCUAAUAUUAAAUAUUGAUUAAAAAAAGUACAAGGUAUGAUGGGCCUGUGCAAACUUCAAGCUCAUGGGUAGGAUUUCGUUUGAGGGGGCGUGUUAGAGAGUGGUAUAAGAUCCAGCAUAACCUUCUCCCAACAACUCAAAUUAUUGGGAGCAACUGGUUCUUGACACCAAAUUCAACUCGCCCCCUCUAAAACCCAUAACUAUAUCAGUCUUAUAUAAUAAAAAUGAAAAAUUAAAUCUUUGAUGGAAUGACGCACCAUUUCAUCUUAAAAGAAAACUACUAGAGCAGGUUAACCUAACCCAGUUGUUUUAUCAGUUUCCAUUACCGCACUGGUCUUCCCUACCAACAUAAUUUAAAUAGCACUUCACACCAAGAAAAAGGUAGAUAGUAAAUGAACAAUAUAAAAAGCAAAUGUACGUAGGAAUCUUCUUAUAGGCCUUCAAUUAAUUCCUUACACCCCACAAAUUUGAAGCCACAGUCAGAGGAAAUAAAUGAUGGAGAAAGCAAUGGUACUAGCUAGCCAGAUGUGGAAUACUAAAGUUGUUCAUGAUAAGACGUUUUCUGGUGGCAAUUAUGGCGUACUUGCGGGAGGUCGCUGGAGAUCAGUUAAGAGUCCCCGCCGGCGGCUUAAUGGAAUUAAUAAGAUGAUCGGACAUGGCGUCAACCAGACAGAGAUGGAUAGAUUCCAAGCCUGAAAACCGAACAUAUUAUUACCAGCCCAAGUGUCGAACUCUAUAUCUGGGCACCAUUGCCAAGUUAUGAUUACCAUGCAGUAUUAAUAAUAUUGCACACACUUCAAGGUUCUGGAACGAUUUCAAGCUCAAGAUCGGAGGGAAUGAAUGAGCAUAUAUAAUCAAUGCAAGCGGUAACACUACUUAUACAAUGAACAACUGAUUGAUGCAUGCAUGGUUAGUACGAUGGGUUCUUGAAUUGUUUUACUUAGAACUCAUGGAUUGAUUUCACGUAAUAUUCAUCGUGAGUAUUCUCGAAUACAUAUACACCGAGGUUCUUCUGGCACAAGGAAAGGCAAAACACUUCUCCAUCCCAAUCAAAUCAUCAAGAAUUUCAUCAAAUUAUGUACUGGAAUCGAAAUUAUUAGUUAAUGAAUUUGAACUGUGGUCAUGAGAUGACUCAUGAGGCGUUUGGAUGAAAUAGAUGAAUGAUGGAAUCGUGUUUAAAUUUCAUAUACGGAGUUUCUAAAUUUAGCAAAGAACUCUAUCGUUUGGAUGGAGAAAAAAAAUUUAAAAUUUUAAGUUGAUGUAAUUCCUAAUUUUCCAACUCUUGGUUUCGACACCCUAAUUCUUUUCCCAAUAAGAUGAUAUUGCCGAUUUCAAAUCGCCGAAAAGACAACUUAAAACAAUUUCUUAUAUCAAAUAUGCUAUCCGAACAAAAUUAUUUCAAUAAUUUCAUGGGGUUUGAAGUCAUAAAUUUAAAUUCCACCGAUUUCAGGUUUCAGCCUUCUUUAUUCUUUCUUAAUUACUAGAUCAUUUAGAUUCUAAUCUUACAGUUAGCUGGUAGCAUCGAUCCGUCGAAAAUCAGUGGGGGAGGCAUUGAAUCGGUCAUGCACUCAUUACAAAUUCUAAGUAACUUAUUAUAUAGAUAGAACUUAACACAACAUGCGCACAUUAUAGAGUGUGGAACAAAGCUACUGUCCACAUAUUUAAAUAGGUAUAUCCAUUUAUUAAAGAACAAGAUCAUCUCCUGAUUAAUUGUCUGCUGAGAGCAGCAGGAUUGUUUAUGAAGAGAGAAUUGUCGUAAUUAAGUAACUAAUUAUGUCAUGAAUUAUGAGUACUGGAUCACACUUUAUUAAUUUAGAGACCCAUGAGCUAUCUUGCUAGCUAUAAGCAGGCACAGGCAUGCCGCUAAAGCCAAAUCUUGGAUCUUUAAUAGAGUAUAUAUACAAACAAUUAGCCUCUGCAGCACUGAACUCUUACUUACUUAAUAGCCUCUAGUUGUUAUUAAUUAAUGAAUAAUCAAUCUCCCGGGCCUAAUUAGAUCUCUCCGUACGUGCAUGAUCUGAUCCGGUCUCCCUCUGUAUUUGCAUGUGCCUCUCCAUUCCAGCGCGCGCUUCCGACUGCACUGGGCUUGGGCUUAAAAUUUUGCCAAACGACCCAAAUCGUUCGCCUUUCGGUGCGUUGAAUGAAAUGAAUGUGCGUUCUUGGGCUUACAAAGUUGCCGAGCGGCCCAAAGAUCUUGCGUUUACUUGAAUGCCCAAAGACCUUGUGGCUGUGGCCUGUGGGGGAAAAACUCAAAAAAGGAAAACGGAAAACCCAUCCGGCUGGAACUAGGGUUGGCAAAUAAACCGGUUCGCUUUAGUUAUCCAACUAGUAACCGAAAAACCAUCCCCAACCAUCUAGAAACCCUAAUCACACGUGUAGCUCAGACCGAACCAUCAAUGUCAACUAUACCAAAACUUACAGGUUCUGGUACGUCCUUCUGGUAACCGUGUGAAUUUUUGUAAUUUUCAUCGAAAAGCAUUCAAACCGAAACCAAUAUGUUGAUCUCAAAUAACCUUGUGGAAAAAAAUUAAAAUCAUUCUGCAGCUGGAGCUAGGGUUUGGCGAACUGGUUCGCUUUGGUUAUCGAAUUAGUAACCAAAAAAUAAUCCUCAUCUAG